AGAGAAGCGUGAGUGUAAGAGUGGAGGGAAAAUAAAAAAAACAAACAACAAAAAAACAAGAGUGAGUGGAAGCAGAAACAAAUACUCACCCGCGUGGACGGACAGAAGACGGAGGAACAUGCCGUCGUACGCGUUUAAUCAGUUUACCGACAGAGAUGACAUUCUGUGCAAGCAACUUUUAAAACUAGACAUGGAUGACCUGCCGAAGACUUUGUCACCUCCUUCGUCAGCUGUCGGAUAUCACAGGCCUGGAUCGAUAACUUCCAACAACUGGACGCAAGCCAAAGAAAUCUCCCUGUCAUCGUCGUCAUCAUCACGAUGGAACAAGAUGGGCUUCUGGUCGGAGCGUGCCGUCAGUAUGGUGGAGGGUGAUACGGGAGGUCUGGGCUGGGCGUCUGACAAGCCCGGGUCCAUGCUGAACGCGUCGUCUUUUGGCAGCUCGUCGUCUUCUCUGUCUUCCGGUACGGCGUCGUCACGUUACAAGACUGAACUGUGUCGCACCUUUACGGAAAGAGGCACGUGCAAAUAUGGGAACAAGUGCCAGUUCGCGCAUGGACACGAGGAGCUGCGAGGGAUCAAUCGCCACCCUAAGUACAAGACCGAACCAUGUCGCACGUUCCAUUCGAUCGGCUUCUGCCCGUACGGUAUCCGCUGCCACUUCGUCCACAACAACGAUGACGAUCCCUACUUCCGCCCUCAGCAGCCCUCUCUUCCCACGAGUACCCAGCGCCCACGCCUUCUAAAACAGAGUUUCAGCUUUGCAGGCUUUCCUUCCAACCCUCCACCACUCGAUCCACCAUUUUCUCAGUCGUCCUUCCUCGGCAUGCCGUCUGCUUCGCCACCUUCAUCAGGCACUAUCUCUGACCUCCUGGCCAUGGCGUUCCCAGAGUUCCAACCCUCGCACGACUCCGGCUGCUCUAGCGGUGAAAACACUCCUACCGCUUCGCCCGUUCAGACUGCACCAGGUGUCCCAGACCAAAGUUUCAGCGUCUCGCUCGGCACGCGGAGCCUCUCGCUCACGUCGCUCUCGGACCACGAGGGACGUUGCAGCAGCUCGGCCAGUAGCCUGAGCGGCUCCGAUUUGUCUUCCGCUCCUGACAGUGCAGCCAAGAGACUCCCUAUCUUCAGUCAGCUCUCUGUUCCUGAUGGGUUUUGCAGCGAAGGCAGUUCAAGUUUCUUCCUUUAGAGUUCUCUUUCUCACACAGCUUUUCCGACCUUGAUUAUAGAUUUAUAGUAUCUUUGCCAGAUACUUGACAUUUGCAUUUGAGCUGAGUGUGAAGAAGACGUCUACAUUUUCCACAAAAAAAAAGUGGAGGGGAUUUUU